AUGAGCGUGGACCUCGUUGGCCUGAGCGUUGGGUUUAUAAACGCGCUCACGCGGAGCACCGGGAGGCUCUGCGAGAGGAGAGGCACAGCUGAGGCACACAACGGCACCAGGCCAAGUGCUCCUACGCUCAGUGUAGCUGGUUUAGUGAUCCGUGGUGAAAAGGAUGAGCAAGCGGUGUUGUGCAGCAAAGAUAAAACCUAUGAAAUGAAAAUAGCAGACACCUCAAAUAUGCUCCUCUGUGUUCCUGGUUGCAAAACUCCAGAACAGCUGAAGGCAGAUGAAGAAUCUUGUGACAUUAUUCAUGCACAGAUUGCUGGCUUUUCCAAUAACUACUGGGAAUUAAGGAGAUGCCGACCUAAACUGAAGAAGCUGAGGAAGCUUUUAAUGGAAGAUCCAUAUGAGGGGCCAGACUGUGUAAAAGAUCAAGCUUCAGCUGCUUCAAAGUAUACAACAGAAGAUUUAUUAAAUGUGGUUCAAGCAAGUGAAGAAGAAAUAAUGCACCAGUUGCAGGUUUUAGAUGCCUGCCAAAUUGAAGGAUAUUGGAGAAUUCUAAACUUUGACUAUGAGGUAAAACUCUUGAAUCAUGUGACUCAGCUAAUAGACUCAGAGUCUUGGUCUUUCAGUAAAGUCCCUUUAAACAUCUGUCUUCAAGAACUUGGACCUUUAGAGCCCACAGAGAUGAUAGAACAUAUUCUGCUAAGCUAUGGAAGGAAAUACACCGAUGGAGGGGAAGUUUACUUUGAAAUGAAUGAAGAUAAAAUAUGCCGAACUACAGCACGAAUGCUCUUACAAAAUGCAGUUAAAUUCAAUCUAGCAGAUUUUCAAGAAGUCUGGCAACAAAGUGUCCCAGAAGGGCUGACUACAAGGCUUGAUCAGCUCAAGGGUCUGGCUCUUGUGGACAGAAACUCCAGACCAGAGACCAUCUGUCUGCUGAAAGUAGAAGACUUACCUGAGGAUAAUCAGGAAAGGUUCAACAGCUUGUUUAGCAUACGAGAAAAAUGGACAGAAGAGGAUAUUACUCCCUAUAUACAAGACUUAUGUGCAGAGAAGCAGACCGUUGGUGCACUUCUGACCAAGUAUGCCCGUUCCUCCAUGCUGAAUGGUGUCAAAGUUUAUAACUCGAGAAGACCCAUCUCUUAAGAAGUAUUGCUUUAA